GCGCCCGGAGCGUUUCCCGCGUAAAACAGCGCCGCCCCGCGAUUGGCCGCGCUCCACCAAUGGCUCGGCGUCGCGCGCUCCGCGCCGCGAGAUGGCGGCAGCGUACGAUCACAGUGAUCACAACGCACCCGCGAUUCGCCAUUGCGACGUGAUUGCCUACUACCGAAGUUUCGUAUCGUGUUCGUGCGUGAGAAUUCGUUCCGGUGUGUUCCACGUUGGACUUCCUUGGCUGCGGCCUACGCAAGUGCAAACGGGUGGAAAGCUGGCGUUGAUCGUAGAGUAAUUUACCUCCGUGUCAAGGUCUUAGUGCUGAUUCACCGCGGAGACUGCAAGGGCGGACAUCAUUAUCGGAAUAAUGAAGAGAGAAGCCGAGGCUGGCGCUAUGACAGGUUCCGGGGGUCCGACGAGCCCUCAUAAGCGCUAUCGACAGGGUGACGAUGAACUCCGUCUUCUCAUCCCGAGUAAAGUUGCUGGUUCAAUAAUCGGCAAGGGUGGUCAGAAUAUCACGAAACUCAGAAGUCAGUACAAAGCCUCAAUCAUUGUACCCGAUUGCCCCGGACCCGAACGGGUGCUCACCAUCAGCUCGGACCUGCCCACUGUUUUGCAAGUGUUGAACGAGGUCGUACCUAAUCUGGAGGAGAAUGGUUCCCGCCAUGGCAGCGACGAGAUCGACGUGCGCAUGCUAGUGCAUCAGAGCCAAGCGGGAUGCAUCAUCGGCAAAGCAGGUCUGAAAAUCAAGGAGCUCCGUGAGAAAACCGGAGCCAGGAUCAAGAUCUAUUCGAACACCUGCCCCCGCAGCACGGAUCGUCUCAUCAGCAUCUGCGGGAAACCCACGACGUGCAUCGAAUGUAUACGUGAAUUGAUCGCCACCAUUAAGACUGGCGGCGGAAAUUACAACGGUGAUGGAUGGGGGAUGCAAGGAGGCGCGCCCAAUGGUUUGGGUGGCGGUGGUAACACGGGAAUGGGUGGCCCUAUGGGUGGAAACAGCCAAGGCAACCAGGGCAACAUGAGUGGAAACAAGACCAGUACACAAGUCACCAUUCCUAAAGACUUGGCUGGAGCCAUAAUUGGUAAAGGUGGUGCGAGGAUCAGAAAAAUCAGAUCCGACAGUGGUGCCGGAAUAACUAUAGACGAGCCACUGCCUGGUAGUAACGACCGCAUCAUUACCAUCACUGGGAUCCCCAGUCAGAUACAAAUGGCCCAGUACCUGCUGCAGCAGAGAUACAUAGAUGGGUUCACCACGAACGACAGCGAUAAAUUUUUUUCAUCCCUGGUGAAAUUGAUACGACCCCACAAAAUCUCGAUGGACAAUACGAUUGCGAGGCAAUUUCUCGAUAGACUCGACAUGACGGUCGAAACGCUCAUGGAACAGUUGAUGCAGCCUUGCAGCGCGUUACUGUUGAGAUGCGUUUGGAUCGACAAGGUUUACGAUUGCAGCAAGAUCUUCAAGACUGUCAAAUCUAAGGAGGGUUUCUGUUGCGCUUUCAAUUACCAUUACAAUAACGUUGGACACAUAUUCAAUGACUUUAAUACCAACGAUUUCGACAACACUUCUGAUGAUUUGCCGGGUGUGCACACAGUUUUGAACGCGCCCGGGAGCGGCCAAGACGUGGGACUCGCGGUAGCUUUAAACAUCGAGCCUGAUAUGUACAAAGCUACUUCGCGUCCUUACGUAGGAGCUUCCGUUCUAAUACACGAUGCAAUUGAUUUUCCCGACAUUGGUGCACACAUGGUGGCCGUGCCGAUUGGUCACAUCCUGGAGAUAUCCAUUACCGGGACGUUUGUUAGAGGUAUGGAAAGUUUGAGAGCCUUACCUCAGGAGAAACGUAUAUGUUACUUCCACAACGAGAUACCAGGCAAGAUUCGCUAUAGCUAUGAAUCGUGCAUAUCAGAGUGCAAAGCCAAGCACAUACAUCAUAUGUGCGGCUGCCUGCCAUUUUACUAUCCGAAGACGCAGUCGACACCAACUUACGGAAAAAUAAGUCAUUGCAACAAAAAGUGUCUGCCUGAGUGCUCAGAUAUGUUUUACACUAUCAAUCCAGAAAGUAUUAAAAUGCAGGACGUGGGAUAUGAUUCUGAUCUAAUGCAUGGCUUCGAUAAAAAUAAUGUGUCUUUCGUAUACAUAUUUUUCGGCGACGCGUCGUACGUCGAGUACCGCAAGGAAAACAUCAUCAGCUGGGAUUCACUCAUCGGAUAUCGCAAAUGUCUGGCAUACGGGAAAAAACAUCUGGGCUGGUUUAAUAUCUAUUGUGACAAUACGAAUUUGCACGGUUUUCGUUACAUAAGUAUGGACGGAUCGUCGAUAAUCGAGAGUAUCCUCUGGUUCCUGGUUUGUAUGUUGUCCAUCGUGUUCUGCGCUAUAUUGAUGUUACGCUUGUGGGCCAAUUACUCGAACAAUCCUAUAGUGACGACUAUUUACACGUCAAAUCCGAUAUGGGACAUGUCUUUCCCAGCAGUCACCAUAUGUAAUAAUAAUAAGGUCUACCGUCCACACGUCGACCUUAUUGCCAAGAAUUUAUACAUGGAUGGGUUCACCACGAAUGACAGCGAUAAAUUUUUUUCAUCCUUAACGAAAUUAAUACGACCCAACAAGAUCUCUAUAGAUAGUGCGACCGCGAGACAGGUUCUCAAUAGACUCGACAUGACGGUCGAAGCGCUCAUGAAGCAGAAAGCGCCUGGAAGUGGCCGCGAUGUAGGACUCGCGGUUGCCUUAAAUAUCGAGCCCGACAUGUACAAAGCUACUUCGCGCCCUUUCAUAGGAGCUUCCGUCAUAAUACACGGCCCAAUUGAUUUUCCCGACAUUGGUGCACGCAUUACAACCGUGCCUGUCGGCCAUGUCUUGGCGACACCCAUUACCGGGACGUCUAUCAGAGGCAUGGAAAGCUUGAGGGCCAUCCCUUUGGAGAAACGUUUGUGCUACUUCGAUAACGAGGUGAAAUUAUGUGUGCCGGGCGAGAUUCGCUACAGCCAUCAAUCGUGCAUAUCGGAUUGUAUAGCCAAAUACACACAUCAUACGUGCGGCUGCCUGCCAUUUUACUAUCCGGAGGCGCAAAUGAUACCACAUCACGCGGGAACUUGCAAAAAGUGUCUGCCCCAGUGCACAGAUAUGUUAUAUACCAUCAAUCCUGAACAUGUUAAAAUGGAGGGCAUGGGAUUUGAUUCUGAUCUAAUGCACGGUUUCAAUAUGAAGAAUACGUCUUUUGUGUACGUAUUUUUUGGCGAUGUGUCGUACGUCGAGUAUCGCAAGGAAAGUACCAUCAGCUGGGAUUCACUCCUCGCAUCCUUCGGCGGUAUCUUCGGUCUCUGUCUCGGUGGUUCCGUGUUGAGCGUAAUCGAGCUGGGUUAUCUCUUGGCCAGACAGCUCUUUAGAAGACAGAAAAAAAUGCUCAAAUGGCAGGAACAAUCACGUAUGAAAUUGCCGCCGGCGUCAGAAGUGUUUCUAUCGAUUCCCGCUAAAGAGAAAAUUCAACUACGAAAGCUGCGAAACCGUCAGGAAUCGGAUGACAAGCGUACUUUCGUCGGGUAUCAACCGGUCCUUCACCAACGUAAAACAACGAACCUUGAUAAUAUGUAUUACAUUGAACAUGUCAGAUUUUAA